AUGACGGAUUCGGUUGUCGCGGAAGGGCAAGUAAAACUGAGAGACGGGAAAAAGUGGAAAAGUAGGUGGCUGGUACUUCGGAAGCCCUCUCCUGUAGCAGACUGUUUGCUAAUGCUGGUGUUUAAAGACAAGUCUGAGAAGAGCAAAGGCCACAAGGAGAGGAGCAGUGUGACUCUGGAGGACAUAUGUGGCUUGGAACCUGGCCUGUCAUUGGAGGGUGUGAAUCACAUCCUUGCAAUAAUCUGCCUGGGACAGACUGUGCUGCUGGCUUUCGAGAACAAGGAAACCAUGUCUGUGUGGGAUAUGAGGACCCGCUACAGCCUCGGUGAAGUUCACAGGUUCCAUGUGUCUGUGCUACCCGGUACCAAGCUGGAGAGCGGACCCGCUGCACUCCAUUUUUGCAACAAUAUCUUUGUGUUGGUCCGGGAUGUUCCUCCAACCAUCAUUGGUCAGUGGAAGCUCUCCGACAUGAGACGCUACGGAGCUAUUCCUAAUGGGUUUGUCUUCGAAGGAGGCUCACGGUGUGGCCUUUGGGCUGGUGUUUUCUGUCUGUCCUGCGCUGAGGGCGAACGGAUCAGUUUCCUCUUUGACUGCAUCGUCCGAGGGAUCUCGACAACCAAAGGACCCUUUGGACUGCGACCAGCCCUGCCAGAUCCCAGUAUGAGUCCAGCCUACAUGGAGGAGAAGAUCAGUCACGAAGCACUAGAGUUGGAGAAACGGCUGAGCCUUCUGUCACAGUCCAGUCGGCAAAGCAGUGGAGGGGAUGACCGGAGUCUGUCCAGCUCGACCGAGUCCUCGGACGCCAGCCAGUCGGACAGCGCCAGCAUGGGAAGCCGGCUCACGCUGUGGCCGGAGCAGCUGGUGGCCGGUGGCCUGCAGGAGGGCCACCCGCUGGGUGCCCCAGCCAGGGGGCUGGGCCCGGCCGAGGAGAAGCUCUACGCGGAGGUCAUGCGGGGGUCCAAGCCCCCGCCCAAGCCACCCCGGUCGCGGAAGCUGCAGGAGGUGGGCCGCCAGAGCUCCUCGGACAGUGGGAUUGCCACGGCCAGCCACUCCUCCUAUUCGGGGAGCUUCUCUUCCUACGCGGGGAGCCUGGACGUUUGCCAGAGCGAUGAGUUUGGUUCCCUGCUUAGCCUCCCGUCGAACUUGCCCGGGGAGCGGGCCCUGUGCACCUGUGAGCCUCCGGCCACUCCCGGCUCCGGGUAUCAGGUUCCCAGCUCCCUCCGGCAUCACUACGACACGCCUAGGAGCGUCUUACAGGCUGCUGCGCUGAAGGAGGUACCGCCCGUCGCUCCGCCUCCCUCCGCCUUAAAGGACCAGGCCCCUGCGCCUCCGGGGGUGGCCGAGAGCCGGCUGUUGGGCACGGAGAGGGGCCAAAGCUUUCCUUCUGUCCUGGAAGGCGCCGGGGACCCGGCUGCCGAACUGUACGCCGACGUUUUGCCGAGGUGGACUCCGUUAAAGCCGCAGGGGCAGCUGCCGGAAGCCGGGGGGAGCGAGGCGGCUUCGAUCGCCGGAGCGCCGAUGCCGGGAGUGGGAUUGACGGACCCUUGCGAGAUGUGCGGCCCUUACCCAGGGGUGGGACGGGCCCUCUUCACUGCCUGCCUGACAUGUGGAGGCCUCAAGGGAACAACAGCAACGCAAUCAGGCAGCUUGUCUAUCUCUGCGGAUCCAGGGUCUGGUAGUGAAAGCAAAGAGACGGCAUGUAUCAAUAAGCUGUAUGGUCUGACUGAACCACGCAAUAGCCAAUACAAGGAACUCCAGCGGACGGUCAGGAACACCGGCUGGACUAAGGCUAAACCACAAGGUGGAAACUGGCACAAGAGCGACGGGGACAUAUAUGAUACUCUUUGGGAGACCAGUAGCAGGCGCCCCAAAGGCACGGGCGCCUGUCAGCUUGGCGUGACAGGGACGAGAUGGCCUGCGCCCCGCGGCGAUUUCAGUGCCGAGGGGAACCCCUUUGGCCGCAGCCGUUCCAUGGACGAUAGACUGCACGCGGUGUCGGGGCGCAGGCCAGUGAUUUCUGAUGAGCUCGGGGCUCACCGCGGAACGUUUGCGAGGCCCCAGCGGUCAGGAGGACGGCUGAGCCACACCGAGGGCCACCGAGGCGGUAACGACGGCACGGCACCGGCAGAGAGAGACGCGUAUGAAACAAUGGCUGCGACCCAGCAUUCUAAAUCGGGGCGGAGAGACGCCGCGAACUCGAGCCGCGGUCACCGCCCGAUCCAAGACCUUUGGAGAAAACUGGAAAGUUUAAGAGACGCUUACAAUGCCGGCAACGCUCCAAGAAAGCUGCUCGCUGCUAUGGGAAAGGCACGGACGUUCCCAGGGACCGGGGCUGCCCAGCCGAGCAGCCCAACCUUGGUGGCACAGCCGUACGUGUUUCUACAGGCCCCAGUGCGAGAACUUUGUGUACCGGAGGGCUGCAGAGCUGAUGGAGAUUUCUGGCGGUGCAAAGCGAAGGAUGUAGGGAGCGGUAAGUCAAGCACCUGGUCACCGGGACGACCGCAAGCAAACACUGAACGGAGCUGGAAAGUCCACCAACUUUCACACUGGACGGGAGGAAUCAAGGAGCUCGCUCCAGGCAAUGGCAGUGGUUUGAAGGCAGAGGUGUGUGAACGCGCUGAAGUGGAUGAAGAUAAGAAGCCAAGUAAAAAGGAGGAGAAGCUGAAGAUGGUGACAGGACAGAUGUACGAGUUCAUGGAAGCUCUCCCAACAGAGAAACAGUCUGAGCUGGAAAAAGGCAGUGGGUAUGAAUACAUGGCCAGCUGUGGACAACAGAAACUACUCCCAGAGGGAGAAGGUGCACCUGGAUCUUUAAAGCUUCACCGAGGACAAGGGGCACACCUGGAGACUGUGGGUCUUAAACAUAAAAAGGAGAAAGGCUUUCCAGAAGAUGAAAGUUCAGGCAGCUUUGACACAAAAAAAUUAUCCGGAGGGGCGUUUGCUUAUCCACUGGAGCUUCCUGGGACCGAAAGAUCUCGCCCCACAGAAGGGGCAACGUAUGUCAACAUCCCGGUGAGCCCCACAUCGAAGAUGCAGCUCCAUUAUAUGGAACUCGAGCUCCAGGAGUCCAGUCCUGCCAUUCGAGGGGCGAGCUCUUCCAAGUACGCACAGAUCGAUAUCACGGCUACAGAAACUGCGCACAAGGUGGGGACUCAACAUGCCCAGCACCGGGAGGAGCGGUUACAGGAGUUGGAACAAAAGAGGAAAGGGGCAGCACCACAGUGA